GCAUCCCCUCCACGUCCCCGCCUCCGCCCAGUAUCCCGGACCCAACCUUGACCCCAUCCUCCACGCCUUUCGUCCGGACUGUGGACCAGGUGUCCUGGCCACCGCCCCACCCCGCCUCCGAGGACGCCUCACCCGUUCAGUCCAGGUGACCCCACCAACCCUGAGCCCCUAGAAGAGAGACCCGUCCGAGGCCUGGGUCAGGGCUACAGGCCCCAGCAGGAUCCUCCCACGCCGCCUCCUUCCCUCCCGGCAUCCCCUCCCCCAGACCGCCCCACCUCCGCAUCUACCUGGGCUCUCUGACACGCCCCUCCCAGAUUCUUCCUUUCUUCUCGUUUAUCCCUUUUCCCAGGCUAGCCCAUUUUUUAGCAGACAUCGUUUUCUUCCGGGGUUUUCUUUCCGCGAGCUAGCCCCUCACCCCGGAUCAUGCCCCGCCCUCAAAUGCAGGAGGCUCUGCGAAAGAUCAUCACAACGCUGGCCGUGAAGAAUGAAGAGAUUCAGAGUUUUAUCUACUCCCUCAAGCAGAUGCUGCUGAAUGUGGAGGCAAACUCAGCCAAGGUGCAGGAGGACCUGGAGGCGGAGUUCCAGUCCCUCUUCUCCCUCCUGGAGGAGCUGAAGGAGGGAAUGCUCAUGAAGAUAAAGCAGGACCGGGCCAGCCGCACCUACGAGCUGCAGAACCAACUGGCUGCUUGCACACGGGCCCUGGAGAGCUCCGAGGAGCUUCUGGAGACGGCCAACCAGACCCUGCAGGCCACGGACAGAGGCGACUUUCCUCAGGCUGCCAAGCAAAUCAAAGAUGGUGUGACAAUGGCCCCCGCCUUCCGGCUGUCAUUGAAAGCCAAGGUCAGCGACAACAUGAGUCACCUCAUGGUAGACUUUGCACAGGAGAGGAGGAUGCUUCAGGCACUCAAGUUCUUGCCGGUCCCCAGCGCCCCUGUGAUCGACCUGGCCGAGUCCCUGGUGGCCGACAACUGUGUGACCCUGGUGUGGCGCAUGCCGGACGAGGACAGCAAGAUCGACCACUACGUGCUGGAGUACCGGCGGACGAACUUCGAGGGCCCGCCGCGUCUCAAGGAGGACCACCCCUGGAUGGUGGUGGAGGGCAUCAGGCAGACAGAGUACACCCUGACCGGUCUCAAGUUUGACAUGAAAUACAUGAAUUUCCGUGUGAAGGCCUGUAAUAAGGCAGUUGCAGGCGAGUUCUCUGAGCCAGUGACUCUGGAGACACCAGCGUUCAUGUUCCGCCUGGAUGCGUCCACAUCCCACCAGAACCUGCGGGUGGACGACCUCUCCGUGGAGUGGGACGCCAUGGGCGGGAAGGUGCAGGACAUCAAGGCUCGUGAGAAAGAUGGCAAGGGGCGAACCGCGUCUCCCGUCAACUCCCCAGCCAGAGGUACCCCAUCUCCCAAGAGGAUGCCCUCAGGUCGUGGGGGACGGGAUCGCUUCACAGCUGAGUCCUACACGGUGCUGGGGGACACGCUGAUCGAUGGCGGGGAACAUUACUGGGAGGUGCGCUACGAGCCGGACAGCAAGGCGUUCGGCGUGGGCGUGGCGUACCGCAGCCUGGGCCGCUUCGAGCAGCUGGGCAAGACGGCCGCGUCCUGGUGCCUGCACGUCAACAACUGGCUGCAGGUCAGCUUCACCGCCAAGCACGCCAACAAGGCCAAGGCGCUGGAAGCCCCCGUGCCUGACUGCCUGGGCGUGCACUGCGACUUCCACCAAGGCCUCCUGUCCUUCUACAAUGCCCGUACCAAACAGCUGCUGCACACCUUCAAGGCCAAGUUCACGCAGCCACUGCUGCCAGCCUUCACGGUGUGGUGUGGCAGCUUCCAGGUGACGACAGGACUGCAGGUCCCCAGCUCUGUGCGCUGCCUGCAGAAGCGUGGCAGUGCCACCAGCAGCUCCAACACCAGCCUCACCUAGGCCGGAGGACUGUCCACGUAGCCGGGCUGAUUUUGGGGGCUGCCGCCAGGCUUCGGCUGUUGCAGCCGGGCACCCUCUUCUAACUUGCUGCUUGGAGCCUUAACUCCUAACGGGGGUCACCAACAGGGAGCGGGCGCUAGGGCGAGCCCUCUUCCCGACCUCACAUCCCAAUAAAGGUCAAACACUGGCCAGGC